CUCCCCCGGCACACACACACACAUACACACACAUACGGCUGCUUCCAUCUAUCCACUUCAUUGUACUGCCUGUGCUCAUCAAUUAGGCAAGAAUUAAGCCGUUUUAAAUGCAAUAAUUAUCUUUUCAGCACUUCCAAGAGGACUAUAAACCGCGGACAGAGGCGUGAGAUAAGUUUUUGAGUUCUGGAAAAGCGGAGAGGAAGGAAACAAGCAGACAUGCCCUCAGUGAUGGAGCGCUCGGGGGCCGGGGUCCUGUCCAGGAGCAGAGCCAAGACCGUAACCAACGGCAACAGCCAACCGCACUCUGAGGAGGAGAGCAGCGAUGAAGAGCAUGCUCAUGACAGUAUGAUCAGAGUGGGAGGAGACUACCAGGCCCAGAUCCCCGAGUUCAAACCAGACAGUCCAACCCGCUACAAUGAGAAGGACCAGAGGAGCAUGUUGGUCUGGUGUCCCAACAGUCAGCUGUCUGAUGCGAUGUUGGAUGAGUACAUCCUGAUGGCUAAAGAGAAACAUGGAUACAACAUGGAGCAGGCCUUGGGCAUGCUGUUGUGGCACAAACACGACGUGGAGCGCUCUCUGGCCGACCUCGCCAACUUCACCCCCUUCCCAGACGAGUGGACGGUGGAGGAUAAAGUGCUGUUUGAACAGGCCUUCAGCUUCCAUGGGAAAAGCUUUCACCGCAUCCAGCAGAUGCUUCCAGACAAGCUGAUCUCCAGCCUGGUGAAGUACUACUACAGCUGGAAGAAGACCAGGACCAGGACUUCAGUCAUGGACCGACAAGCCAGGAGACUAGUCAGCAAGAGAGAGAAAGAUGACAGUAAUGAUGAGAUCGAGGAAGGAGACCCCGGCAGCGACAGCGACUUUGAGAUUGACGCCAAGAAAGAGGCGGUGAAACAGAACCCCAGCAGCACCAGCUCUGACAAGGUGACCCCCGGUCGCUCGGGCCCCGUGAAGAAGGAGAGUAUCGGCGCUCAGUACCGCCACCACCCGCUCCGAGCUCGCCGCAGGCCACCUAAAGGCAUGUACCUGGAGCAGGGAGACAUCACAUCCCUGUCAGCUUCCCACGACUCCGGAGUGAUGACAAUAAGACAGCUGGACACACAGUUGGUGUCACUCAAGAGACAGGUCCAAUCUAUUAAACAGAACAACAGUAGUUUGAAACAGAGCCUAAUUGACGGUGUCGACACUUUAAAACCUUCUGAGCCUGCCCCUAAAAUGAACUCUCGCUGGACCACAGAGGAGCAGCUCCUGGCUGUGCAGGCUAUCCGUCGCUACGGUAAAGACUUUUCUGCCAUCGCUGAGGUCAUAGGGACCAAGACGCCUGCUCAGGUGAGUUCGUUCUUCGUGAGCUACCGGCGCAGGUUCAACCUGGACGAGGUGCUGAGGGAGUGGGCGGCCGAGCAGGUGGCCACCAGCCGAGACCAGAGAGACCCCAGGAGGAGCGGCGAGGAGAUGGCAGCUGCUACAGACGGAGGUGCCGCGGAGGAGGAAGAGGUCAAAAUGGAGGACUCCCCCUCAGACGCCGCCGGCAGCUCCUCUCCCCCCUCCUCCACCCAGACCCCCUCCUCCCUCUCCCAGCCUCCUCCACUGCUGCGCCCGGCGCCUCCCUCGGCUCCCCCGAGCCUCCUCCGCCAGCCUCCUCCGCUGCAGACUCGCCCGCUCCAGAACCGGGCGCCCCACAACCACCCUCCACCCCCGCUCAUCCGGCCCGCAGUGACCUCCUCCUCUUCCUCUUCCGGGGGCUCCAGCCUCAGGGCUUCUCCUCCCAGCUCCUCCUCCUCCUCCUCCUCCUCCACUGCAGGGCAGAUGCCUCCAUCGCUGGUGGGGCUCAAAGUAGAGCAGCCUAACUCGCACUGAUACACACACACACAUAUAUACACAUACACACACACAGAUAUGACCGUAGGAAUAGAAACACACACACACACAUAUUGGCAUGCACACAAACACGAUGUUUUCUCUUUUCUCAGAGAAAAUUUCUUCAGUCUUGAUUCUUUCUCGGGACCAUCACACAUCACAUGACCGGCUCUGAUCGAUUGAACACACUCAGGUCCCGCAGGUGACAUCACAGCUCUUAACACGUGGCAGGAAGAGUGUGAGGACCCCCUGCUUCACUUCAUUUUGUAAGGCAGAGGCCCGAAGCCCCUUUACUGUAACAACAAACACCUACCUCCAGAAACACACACACACACACACUACAAAUAGCUAGGAGCUCGAAACCAACACUUAACUGUACACACACCCGCCCUGAUCAACAAAGAGACACUGUAUCAUCAAGCUGUUGAAAAAUGCCGUGACCACAGAGAGCAAACCCACCUGCUAGUCUCCAUGGCAACUGCUGAACAUCUGGAUUGUGGAGGAGAGUGGUAAAACACACAUACUAUAUAUAUAUAUAUAUAUAUAUAUGUGUACUGUAGGUUCCAUUGGGCAGGUAUCAAGUCAUCCAAACAGCCUUCAGGAAUAAAGAAUAAAUGAGGGACAGAAAAGAUGAAAAGGUCGGAGGAGGAGUUUCCCGCAUCUGAGCCCAACCUGCUCCUCCUGAGAGGUCGUGUAGAUUUAGAAUAUCAUUCAAAUGAUGUGAAGUAAAACCUGCUUUUUUCUUUUCGGAGCUUUGCUUUAAAACUUCGGACCCUCAGAGAGGAGCGAAGGUACUUUUCGAGGUUUCAGAAUUGGGCAAAAAUGGAAAAAGAAGAGUGUGGUUUUUGUCUCCCUCUUCUCUCAUAGCCAUGUAUUACUAGUAUUAACUGGAGUGAUGUUUUCUUUUUUUUUUUUUUUUUUUUUGACUAGACUUUUAAAGGUGAGCCAUAGGGUAGACAGGUAGUUCUUGUAAGUAGUUUAGAUGGUGCAUACUUUAUUAUGAUUAUUGACUGAGCACUAAUGGCCAAAAUACACCAGGCACAGACGCAGCAUGGCCGCAGCAGAGCGCGUCCAUUAUAAUCCACUGAAGCUGCUACACUGACCACGGAAGCUCAUCUCUAUUUUUGCGCAGCAGAUAAAAACUACAUAAAACUGUACAACCUGUUUAAAAAUGAUUAAAAUAAAUACCUCAUUGUACUGUAAACUUUUUUUUUUUUUUUUUUACAUUACACAUUCAAAUAAAUCAGUCAACUAAAUGUCUAUCCAUGAUCCUGCAGUUAAAACGAUCUAGUUAAUUAGUUCAAUACCAGUUAAUAUAGCCUUUGCUUCCAAGCCCUGCAUAACCAACCGCAUUACCACUUGGUAAAACUCCCUAUGCAUGCAGUGACAGAGACAGAGUUGGUGUAGCAGGUAGAAAACCGUGCUCCGCCCGCCUACGUGAUGCGCCGCGUCUGUGCCUGGUGUACUUCAGCUGUAAGGAGAAAAAGCCUUUUAACACACACGGCUGGACUUUGUCUCACAUUUCAAUAAGACGUCUGCCAACGGCUUGUUUUUUUUCGACUGACUUUCAAACCCGAUUUUACGAAGUGAAGGGGACACUUUUCUGCAAAUGUUUAGCCAAAGUCAGUUGUUGCUUUAAAAGCACAGAUCAGCUGUGUCUGUUUCACAUUUCAGUGUUGACUUCACAGCUUCAAACAGGUUCAACACGGGAAGUAAAAACAAAAACUACUGUUUCCCUCCAGUAUUCUGUUGGCCGGCAUCAUUACAAAAAAGCGAGUUUACAGAGAUGUGACGACAACCCUGUGAAGUCCAGCUGAGGCAGCUUUCUCUCCCGACCUGUCCAGGCACAGAGGGAGCAGGCGUGAGAGGUCAGAGGGCGCGUAGAAGAAGUUUCUGCUGUAACGUCAGAACUUAUCACAUUGAACUGACCAGUGUUGUCUGACGAGAAAUGCUGCAUUUUGCCUCUCAGUCCUGCCACAGCGCAGGUCCCUCUAGUGUUUAAUGCUUCCCACGGCAGCGAUAUCAGCAACGU